AAAGCCGUUCGGUCGUUCAGCCUCAGCCGCUUCCCUGCUUAGCUACUAUUUAGGUUAAUUGACCUCAAGUGUUUUAUGCAUGACUUAUCUCACUAACUGUGAAUAUUACGGUUUAAUUGUUUUUCCGGUGUUCACAAGAAAUUUUACUUGUUCGAUUAAAAGAUUGAUCAAAUAAAUGUAAAUCAAUGGCGCUGGGUAUAGAAAAAUAUAAAGACGCCCUCAUAGCCGCUUGGAAGGAUGUUUUGGAUGACAAAACCAACACCAACUGGGCUCUCUUCAGCUAUGAAGGACAAACAAAUGAUUUAAAGGUUGUGGGUAAGGGAGACGGAGGUAUUGAAGAGAUGCGUGAAGAUCUCAACAGUGGGAAAAUUAUGUAUGCCUUCUGUAAGGUUUUAGACCCGAAAACCAGUUUGAACAAAUUUGUUCUUGUUAAUUGGCAAGGCGAGGGCGCACCUCACCAUCGCAAAGCCACAAGUGCCAACCACAUCAGAGACGUCACCAAUCUUCUGAAAGGCACUCACGUCACCAUAAAUGCCCGCAAUGAAGAAGAAGUUGACAACGAUAUUGUUAUUGAGAAGUUAUCCAAAGCUACUGCUUCUGCUUACAGUUUCAAAAACCGCGGUGAAACCGUCAAAGAUUCAGCACCAGUGGGGACAACAUACAAGAGAGUUAUCCCUCAGCAAGAAAUAAAUUCUAAUGAAAGAGACAAGUUUUGGCAAAAAGAAGAAGAAGAGGAAAAGAAAAGACAAGAAGCCGAGCGGAAACGUCGAGAAGAAGAAAAAAGGAAGUUAGAGAACGAAAUUAAACAGCGUGAAAUUGAGGAAGCGGUGCAAAGGGAAGCGAAGAUUAAGGAGAGAAGCAAAAGCAUCUCUGUUUUGAGAGAGGUGGAGAGGAACGAACUGAUGAGGGUGCAAGCGGCCAACAUAGUGGAGAAGGAGGACACUCUAGAAGAUAGAGAACAAGAAGAGAUUGAGAGGAGGGGACGAAGUGAGAUCCUGAAAAGGGAAAGGAGUCAGGAGGCCCAAGCUUUGAUAUCCAAGAGGACUAUCAAUGCUAGAGCAGUUUUUGAACAAAACACAUCAGCUGGUCAAAUGCUACAAAGAAGAGCUUCCUAUCAACCUUCUUCCAACUCUUCAGUAGUCUCCCCAGUCAAGGAGAAGGUGAGAUGGCCGCCUACAGACCACCCAGAGCCCGAGCCUAGCAGUCCUCCCCAGCCCGAGCCACCCAGUGUCUUGAACACUGAAAAGCAACCAGAAACUACAGAAGAUAUUGUAACAUCACAACAAAAUGUGCCGGUGGAACAAAAGAAUGGUGUUAUUCAAGACAGCAAUGGUACUUUAAACGGUAAUGAAGUGCUUUCAUCUCAUACAGCUGAUGCAUUGGAAAGAGCCCAACCUUAUUUGGACGAUGCUUACUUGAACAAUGGAGCAAGUUUAGAAGACUAUGAGGACGAAGGACUGAGAGCUCAAGCCUUGUAUGACUAUCAAGCAGCCGAUGAGACGGAGAUUUCGUUUGACCCUGGAGAUAUAAUCACCAGGAUAGACCAGAUAGACGCAGGCUGGUGGCAAGGUAUGGCCCCUGACGGCAGCUACGGCCUGUUCCCCGCCAACUACGUGCAACUCCUAGACUGAAGCCAGUUUUUAAACUGAAGAUAUUUUACUUCUGGUGGAUCCAGUCUGGUUCUUUCUUCACUGCAACCCUCUGUACAUCAACUUUGUGUGGUUUUCAAUGAUGCUGCCUAACCUAAUUAAUGCGUACAGUAGAACCUUGUAAUCAAAGGUAAUUGGGUGGACGGGUACCUCAGAUAACGUCAGUCUCAUAUUUGUUUUUAAGUAUCCCUUUGAUUACAUAUGCUCAAUUUGUAAUUACUGGUAUAUCUCUUUCUGAAAAUAAAUCUUCAGGGUGCUUAGCAGCUCUGAGCUAGGAGACAAAUUUGAAGAACUAAUCUUAAGAGUCGGCAGGAGACAAUCAUUUUGUAUUGUUGUUAAACUUCAGAUGCCAGGCUAAACAGUGGUUGUCCUAGCACCGAUCAGCAAAAACAUGUGUUUACAUAUUUUCAUUUUCAUUUUAUUUUCCACGGCAAUGCCAUUUACAAAAUACAAUCAGUUAAUAUUAUAAUAAGAUAUUAUGUUAGCAUAUUAAUCAUGCACCGUAAGCUUGAUUACCAAGCAGAAAAUUAUAUGUGAUUCUUAAAUAUAUUUUCUGUGUGAAUUGCUUUUUGGAUUUUUAAAACUUUUGUUUUAGAGGUUGAAAAUCCCAGUUUAAGUCAAUAUAUUUAUGUAGUUUGACAAAAUUAUAACAAUUAAAAUUCCAAAGUGGGUAGCAAAUCACAUAUGCGGUUUCAAUAGCUUUUAAAUGAGAUAUUUUUCAACUUAUUAUGUUAAUAAACAAUGCCGUAAUAUGCUUCAACCAUUAACAUUGCCGUUAUGGGCAGACAAUCCAAGAUGGCCAGCGGUCCUGCCGACUCUUAAGUUCAAUUUUUACAGCUUCUAAAUUCUCAUCACUGUUCCAAACUUUUAAUAUUUUCUUUCCGAACAGUCAUCAGUUCCCAAAUCUUAGAACUACCUGGUUGUCAAUAAAAUGAUAUACUUCUUGCUCCGAGAUUGAAAUCCACCUAAAAGGUACUGCAAUUUGGGUAAUUUAGCUUCAUUAAUAGGUUAUCAGCAAACACUGUCUUGAGAGGUACAGGGAAUACUUUUAGCUGGUCUCCAAGAUAUUCCUCAAACUGUUUAGAAACUGUCGACAGUCGGGAUCAAAGUCAAUCAUUGGAUGAAACUUUGUAUACAUUUCCCAAAUGGUUGUAUUGACAAAGAAUGAAGAUUUUGUAUAUCAAGAAUAUUAUUAAAACUGACAAAAAACUUGUUUGCACAUUUUGAGAUUGAGCUGAAAUUGUUUUCCUUUUUGUACUCAUGGUAAGGGACUUACAGUAAAUGCUUAAAAUC